GUGCCUAUGCUAAAAAAACGGAAAUUGGCAGGCCUCAGAAGCUGCGUCUCAUGAUGCCCUAUAUUUAGGCAAACUGGUGCCACAACGUGGACAACGUGGCUCUACAAUGACGGUCUGACACAGACGACCUUGACGACGUACUUUGCCGAUAUCUCACCAUUUCCUUUCGUAUUUACAUGGCCGGUACCCGGGACGCUUUGUGGGCCACUGGUCAUGAUGAGUCUGUGGAGGUCAAUCAACGUGCUCUCAUCGACAAGGUUCUCGCGCGAUACUCUGGAGAGUUCACAGUCUUUCGUGAACUGUUGCAAAAUUCGGACGAUGCGCAAGCCACAGCGGUGGAAAUACACUUUCAGUCGAAGCAUUUUCUAGACAAUCUAUCCAGCAUUUCUAAUCGCUCUUCCUCCGAUAUUCCCCUGCCGGACUUGUCGACAAUUCUGGUGCAUCAGUGGACCUUUAAGAACAAUGGUAUAGUCUUUAGACAUGAAGAUUGGAGCAGGUUGAAAAGGAUCGCUGAAGGGAACCCGGACGAGGAGAAGAUUGGUGCUUUUGGUGUAGGCUUUUAUAGUCUGUUCUCUGUUACGGAAGAACCUUUUGUGACCUCCGGAGGUGAAUGGAUGGGGUUCUAUUGGAAGGACAGGAAAGAUCAACUGUUCGCUCGUCGUGGUACUCUUCCCGAUGCGGAGCAGACAAGUCCAUGGACGUCCUUUGACAUGGUGCUAAGGGAAGACGCCACCAUUCCGCCAGCUUCUGAUUUUGCACGGUUCCUGGCGUCUUCCAUUACCUUCAUGAAUUAUCUUUCACAAGUCAGCGUAUACAUGGAUGAGAAACGCCUUAUUCAUUUAACAAAGAGUUCUGGUGCCGACGAGCGAUUGGUGAUACCAAGAGGGCUGCAUACCUCGAGUCGGAAGUCGAUCAUGCAUAUCAAGGGUAUCAAGUCAACUCCACUACAUAUUAGUGCCCAAGUAAUGCAAUGGGUCUAUACAUCCUCUAGUGAUAAACCAUCUGCUGCCAAACCUGUUAAGCCACAAGCUAAUGGCGGUUUUUUUUCGUCACUGUUUACGAAUCUCGUUGGAUCCGUACCGCCGCCACCUGAGGAACGCAAGGAAGUUAUCGAUCCCCGUCAGAUCCGGGUGACAAGUGUAUCAUUGUCCAUUUACUCCGCCGAUGUAGAUGUUCGUUUAGACAAGAAAUUGUCGGCAGAACUUCAUAGAUCCACGAAGAAGAACCCGCCGAGUAAGUUGAAGUAUGAACUCAUCUAUACUGGAAAGGAUGAAUACGAUGCCAGCAAGCAAUGUGAAGCAGGGAGUGAGAAGUCUAUCUUUCAAGGCCUGCGUGCUGAUAUCGACGGCACGGGUUCUGCUCGUAUAUUCAUAGGACAUUCGACUGGUCAAACGACAGGACUCGGCGGUCACAUGGCGGCCCGAUUCAUACCGACUGUUGAACGAGAAUCAAUCGACUUGAUGGAUCGCGCCGUUGCUGUAUGGAAUCAGGAACUGUUGUUUGUCGGCGGUUUUCUUGCGCGAGUGGCAUAUGAGCUUGAGCUCUCGACCAUUAGGAACCUUUGGGAGGACGCUUCGACCCCAUCAUCUGACCCAAGCGAGGACAUCAAACAUCGGUUAACUCAGCGUUCUCUCCAUUCGCUGAAGUUUUUCACUUUCCAUCCUUCUACACCUUCCGGAGAAGUUGCUGGUCGCUUGGAGGAAGCAUUCUUUUCGUGCGCCAACAGCGUUCCUUUCUCGAUCAUAACGAGUGCUGGUGUCCGUAAGAUUGGUGAUGCUCGGAUGCCCGAUGCCACCUUUUCCGGAUUCUUAACACAACUUCCGGUUAUACCUACAGACGUUCUAGACGAGGCUCGACCAAUGAUAACUUCUUUGCAAAACCGACAGCUUCUUAAAACUAUCACGUUUGAUGAUGUCCUUAAGGAGCUUCGGUCACGUCCACUCUCAGAGGCAGAGGCUGUUGCCUGUCUCAAAUGGUGGUCGGGCCUAAAACUCAAUGUCACCGAUAGGUCGUCCAUCCAGAAACAGCUACUAGAUGCAGUCAUCAUGACCACCAUUUUUCCAGGUUCUGGUACGGAAAGAAUUGUGCCUCUCAACAUCAUUCAGACAUUCGUCGAUCCCAGAUACAUUCCCCCCGACGAUCCCCUACCAGAUCAUGUUCUCCCAUACGCUAUCAGCAAGCAGCUUUCGUCUUCUACCAUCAAGUCGUCUUUUCCAUGGACAGAACUUACUAUACGUCAAUGGAUACAACACGUCUGUGAUGCUAAAACACGGUCUGACCUUGACCACGAUAUCGGAACGUCAGCACCCUGGGCAGAACACGUAUUGAUUGUCCUCAGUCGCAGUUGGACUAUCAUUUCACCUGAGAUGAAGGGGGAAAUCAUUGCCAUGAUGAAACCUCUUAAGUGUAUCCCCACUUCAGGCGGGCUGAAAAUCCCGGAAGACGUCUACUUUCCAGGCGCGAACAUAUUUCACGACCUUCCUGUGGUUCUUCUCCCUUCAGGCGCCAUGAUCAGAGGAUCACUCGAGCGAGUGAUGGAAGGUCUUGGGGUCCGUAGAGAUGUCGAGUUGCAAACUUUGUUCAACAAAAUGAUCAAAACGAACGAAUGGACUGUGAACGACCUCAUGAAACAUCUCGCAACGCGUAAUCUCAGUGAUGAAGAAAUCACUCGUUUACGAUUGACGGCUGUGUUUCCGAAGCAAGAAACGUCAGAAUGUGUUCUCGGUGCAAAAUCGAGGAGAUAUGCUGCCAAGGAUCUGUAUGAACCUUUGGAUAUUUUUCGACAACUAGGUUUACCUGUCUUAGACUGGGGAGUACAGAACAAGUGGCGUUCAUCAUCUCCCGAAGCUAAACUCGCAUUUACUCUCAAUUUACGUCAGUGUCCUCCGGUCGAUGUCCUUGUUAAUCUUUGCGCCGGGUCCGACGAAAAGAUUAGAACCAUCGCCUUGAAAUACCUUACGGACAAUAUGAAUACUAAAUAUCAAAACUUUGAUCCUGUAAAAUUUGGUCAGGUUGCAUUUAUUCCGGCUGUACGAGACUCCAAAGUUUGUCUAGGAACCCCUGGAGAGGUCUUUGCCAGUUCGGACUGGGCCGCCUUUGGCUUUUUAGUGACACCACCAACACUAUCAAGGGAGAUAGUGGCCAAGCUGAAAGUCCCACAGCAUCCACCUUCCGAGCUCAUAGUAUCCUUUCUCCUGAAUAACGUUCCUCGCGAUGAAUCUCAAGCGAAGCAAUGGUUUGAAAUAUUGUCGGGGAGAAUAGCAGACUUCGAUACCUUUCAGCUGACAACGCUCUCAAGGGCGCCCGUGGUACCAGCCAAAGAAGGUGGCAAUGCCGGGAUGGCAUUUCAAUGGAUCCCACCUAACCAGUGCUAUUUCCGUCGAAGCUCUGGUGAUGACUAUUACUCUAGACUAUUUUUCUUCGUCGAUUUUGGACCUGCUGCAAACGCGUUUUUGACCGCCUGCGGUACUCGCCAGGAGCCUAGCGUGGAUGAAAUUGCCCGUACUAUAUUACAAAACCCAGGGAAGUUCUACGAGUCGCUGAACAAUAGCCCAACAAAUUAUAUAGGAGAAUUGCGAAAGCUUGCCAUUGCCCAUCAACAGAUUUCUGCGGACACCCUUCAAAAAAUGCGACGAGGAAAAAUCCUGUUGGGGCUGAAACGAAAGCUAAAGGCAAAGGCGAAGACUGAUAUCGAUGACUUCGAUGAUGACGAGUGGGACACACUUUAUGAUCUUAAAACAGCCGAUGAAAUAGUUAUUGCUGAUGACACCAACGCCCAUCAGCUUUUCAGUGAGUCCUUGUUUACGGCACCGCAAGAAGACAUACUUGAAGCCUUCUAUAUGUCCCUUGGAUCUCGCCGCUUGAGCUCUGUAGUUGAAGUGUCGUAUAAGACCUCAGCGGCAGUAUCCAACAGCAAAACAGCCAUCGAGAUGCGAAACCUCAUACUCGAGAGACUCCCCUUGUUCUUGCAUGAACACACUCACUCGAAGACUAAAUUCACGCUUACCUGGCUGGCUUCGUCGGAUCAUUUCGUCGUUGCAAUGUUUGGUAAACUGUCUAUCACGAAGAAACUUCGCUUUGGUGAUCUGCAGUCCCGCUCACUUGAUGCUUCAGCCUAUGCCGUACACGAAAAUAAUAGGAUCAUGCUAUUUCUCGCAGGCAGUGGCCAAGAUGAAAUGUAUUAUGAGGUCGCCACUUCCUUGAACCGGUUACUUUUCGAGUCCCCGAAGGCCAGUGAUGCGCUCCUCUUCAUGACCAUACUAUCCACUCCUCUUCGUGCGCUAAAACGCAGAGGUUACAAUGUCGAUCGCAUCCUUAGACAACAGCAAGCAGAGAAGCCCGCCGCACAAGAAGCUGCGAAGGCCGGAGCAGAGAAUAUUGCCCUGAUGUCGAAGCAAACAUCGAAGCUUAAUCCUUCCCCUGGGAUUUCCAACUCUGCUUCUGUUCCCGACGAGACAUUAUCGGAUGAUAACACGCUGACGCGUUCAGCUAGUAGUAUGCGGAACACGUUCCAGAACUUGAGACGCAAGAUUGGACCAAGGUGGAACACGACCACUCCUUAUCCACCCGUCGCCGAGGAGGUGAAGCCGACAGAAAAUUAUAUUACGGAUGCUGGGCCUCCACCUGUACCUGACAAGAUUCGCUCGAUUCAUCCAUCUGCAGGAAAGCCUAGUGGUGCAUCAAGGGCAGCUAUCAUGUCAAAUGUCGAUAUGGCGAUCAGUGCAUGUAGACCCGAGAAGAAUCACUUGCUCCAGAAUCGGGAACACAUGCGAUUCGUCAAAGAGUCGCUGGACGAAGGAUACUGUGAUCUUUCUGGUCAUUCGGGGACAUUGAAACUCGUCAUGUCCAUGGAGGAUGUCAAGAUUUAUCUUCCACAACAUACAGACACGACCCGUAUCAAAGGGUUUCUUUCUACAAGACACGACUCAAUAGCGAGGUUUAUCCAUGUGAUGAAUAUCUUGGCAGCAAUCUAUAAGCUUCCCAUGGAAAAUCUACAUAUCUUCAGCGAAGACGAAGGAACUACUGUUGCGUUCAACCGCAAUGGUAGCAUAUUCUUGAAUUUGCGGUAUUAUAUCGCUUGGCACGACGAGCAGGUUAGAAAGGGUGAUAUGAAUCCGGCGAUUGUUUCUUGGUACUUUACUCUCGCCCAUGAAAUCGCGCACAACUUGGUACAACCUCAUAAUUCUGAGCACGAGUUUUAUCUUUCAGCAAUCUGCGAAAAGCAUCUAAUGGAGCUUGGAAGCAUAGUAUUUAAAUCAUAGAUAUCUGUACUUUGACAAUGCAUUCAAUGUGCCUUAAC